AUUGUAUACUUCGUAAUGUUUUGAAUGUAGGGCGGAAGAUUAAGUGAUUUUUAUCCCCUUUUCUGUUAUUUUUGGUAUUUCUCACUGGUGUUUGUGAUUAUUUGAUAAGUACUUUGUUUUUCCUUGUUGCUUGUUACGCCGUUUUUGGUAAGAAAUAUGUGAUAUUUAAAUGCAAAACUUUGGAACUAUGUACCCCCUAUGCAGUUUUCAUGGAGAAAAUCCGAAUGCUAGCUGUCAAAGGUAUUUCAUCUUGUUAUGAUGGUUCGGUGCUUAGUGGACGACCGUGCAUGCUGAAAAAAUGUCUUAUCCUAAUUCCAACGCCUAUACAAAUAAGCCACCCCCUUUAGCAAUACCGCCGAAAAUACGGAGGGAGCAGAGACAUUGGUCUCAAAGUAUCAAUGAGACAGUCGUGUCCACAGGGACGGGGCAGGAGGAUGGGUUAGGAAUCACGCUGUCCGGUGGGGCGGACAAUGGACAGUUCGUGUGGAUAGAGGCCAUCAAAUCCGACCAGCUUACAUAUCAUAGCGGAAAACUUUACACUGAUGAUCUGAUAUUAGAAAUACAAGGACAGAAAAUUGCUGGAUAUACUUUGAGAGAUGCUAAUAUUUGGUUAAAACAGGUCAGCCAGAAUGGGGCACCUGUAAUGAUAAAAAGUAUAAAAAUAGGUUUACUGCCAAAAGAUCUUCGUCAGUUUUUGACUUCAAGAUUUCCAAAGGGUUCUGUUGAUCAUGAACUACAGCAGACAAUUCGUGAUAAUUUGUAUCUUAGAACGGUUCCUUGUACAACUAGACAACCAAGGCCAGGGGAGGUUAAUGGAGUGGACUAUACAUUUCUGUCUAUGGAGGAGUUUAAUCAGCUAGAGAAGAGUGGCUGCUUGCUGGAGAGUGGAUUGUAUGAUGGAAACCACUAUGGUACCCCGAAGCCUCCUAGUGAACCAAAGGGAGGCAACCUUCGGAGAUCCACAUCGAUGGGAGCUCCUCUAUCGGCCAGUGGUGACGGCAAACGCCGCAGAAACAGGAGCAACACUGAGGGUGGCUCCGCUCGUACUUCCCCGGUCCCCUUUCAGUUCGAUGGGGAACGCAAGAAGUCUAUGGAGAAGUUACAGAUUGAUGCUUCAUUAGGUGUAUUACCUCAAAACUGGGAGAAAGCGUAUACCGAAGAUGGCACUGCUUAUUAUAUAGAUCACAGUUCAGAAACAACACAUUGGUUGGAUCCCCGUCUAGCAAAGCUACAGAAACAGCAGGCAGGGGAUUGUCAAGAUAACGGUACUCAUACAUAUCCGCGCACCAAGCGAACAGAGCUUCCAUAUGGCUGGGAGAAAGUUGAGGAUCCCCACUAUGGCACUUAUUAUAUAGACCAUGUAAACAGAAGAACUCAGUAUGAAAAUCCAGUGGCCCAGGCCAAGCGACAAAACCAGGGCACUGAUGUGAUCAGCACACUACCUCGAACCAAGAAAAGUCAGGAUACUGCCAACACCACAAAACGCUCCAUCAGUGACAACAACAUGAAUGGGAGAGCGCCACCUGACUACCAUCAGCUGGGCAGGGGAAACAGAAAACGAGAGAGACGGGUCUUUACCAAGAACCCCGCAGAGUUAAAAGGGGAGAUAAUCACUACAACAUUAGUCAAGAGUACCCGGGGCUUUGGAUUCACCAUUAUUGGGGGUGAUCACACAGACGAAGAAUUCCUACAAAUCAAAAAAGUGGUGGAAAACGGACCGGCACAUCUGGACGGCACCUUACAGACGGGUGAUGUUCUGGUGAAUGUUUGUGAUCGUUGUGUGUUAGGAUAUUCUCAUCAGGACAUUGUCAAUCUGUUUCAAACCAUCCCCGCAGGACAAAGUGUCACAUUAACUGUGUGUCGAGGUUACCCCUUGCCAUUUGACCCCGACGACCCCAACACCGAGAUCAUUGUGACCGUGGCCGUGACCUUACCUAACGAUUCUAACGUUAAUCAGUCCCCGCCCAGUUACUCGUAUUUUCAGGAGACACACGGGCAUCAGGACCAGCACAACACGUCAGCCAAGAGCAUGAAAUCUCUGCCCGACCUGACGCGAUCAACCAACAUACCCCUGAGUCCUCAUUCCCAGAGUCAACCCAACGGAACCGGAGAUGCACCGGAUGUGCUGGGCAUUCAGAAACCGGAAAUUCUCUCCAUUAACAUUGUGAGGGGGGAGAUGGGGUUUGGGUUUACAAUAGCAGACAGUGUGUAUGGACAGAAAGUGAAACAGAUUCUGGAUAAACCUCGCUGUAAAAAUCUCCAGGAGGGGGACAUUUUAGUGAAGAUUAACGACACGAACGUGCAGGAAAUGGUACAUUCAGAUAUUGUGCAAGUGUUAAAGGAGUGUCCUAAAAAUGUAGAAUCUAGGAUAACUGUCCAAAGAGGAGGACUUCCCCCUAAAGUGAAGAAAGCUUCACGAUCAUCACCUCGUUCAUUGGAGGACAGCAAGACAAAUAAUGCUUCCGACACAAGUUUUAGCAGCAAUAACCCACCUGGACAUUACUUCUUUGAAAACCAUUCCCACAAUACAGAUAAACGUGAUGCGUUUGACGGAAUGGAACCUCCUCCCCGACCCAAAACGCCCUCAGAAUCUCGACCCAAAACACCGUCAUAUUUCGAAAAUCGUCCAAAAACACCAACAAGAAACACAGGGAUGUUUGUGAACAACCAACGAGCAAAACCCCCCAUUGCUAGGCCGCCUCCGAGGAAUGAGGAAUACAAUAAAAACUCAACCAAUCAGGAUUUAAAUAUAAGUCACGGAUCAUCGGAAUUUUACUUACCGCCUUCAAAUAAUGACAUGUCUCGUCCACCAACGGGGUCACGGUUUGACCCGAGAUCUGAACAUAGACCUUAUAGUAGAUACCACGAUUCUGGGAACAGCCGCAGUAAUUUUCACGACAGAGACCGAGAAGGCGGGGCAAAACCUGGAAUGUUUAGGAGUCGGACUCCGGGGCCUGAAAUGAUUAACAGGGGAUCGGACUAUAGGAAUGAAUUUCAGAGACCCAAAACCCCCACUGCUCAAGACAUGAGAAGUAAGACUCCACUACCCGGUCAUAGUUAUGGGUAUUCAAAUUCGAACCAUGAUUUCGGUGGUGGGCAUUAUCAGAAUGUUAUGAACGGACGACCGGGAUAUGGAAACAAUCAAAGGUCAUGGGGACAGAAUCCUAAUUUACCUACUUCCCCUCCACCGUUACGGCGAGGGGAUACAGUGAAUAGGAAUAAUGUGAACAAUAUUUCUCAGUGGAGGGAUGGGCUUCCACCCCCUCCCCGCCAGAGCACGUCUUUUGAGGAUGUGAACCCUUUCCCAAGUAACAUUACACAGGUCCCUAAACGAUUCCCCAUGCAGUCUCAUUCCUCUUUUGGGAGUGGGGGACAGUCCAGAUUUGGGACAAGGUUCCCCGACUCGGAUGAUCCAAUUCAUAGUAUGGAGUUCACAAUCACACUGCAGAAACAAGAGGCAGGAUUUGGUUUCCGCAUCAUAGGAGGAACAGAGGAAGGCUCACAGGUUUCCGUAGGACACAUUGUCCCAGAUGGGUCAGCUGAUUUGGAUGGCCGUCUGCGGACAGGUGAUGAAAUCACGCAUGUCGACGGUCAGAAUGUCAUUAAUUCCUCACAUCAUCGGGUGGUCACUCUGAUGACCCAGGCAGGUCAGCGAGGUCAUGUGACACUUGGGGUCAGGAGGCGGGUAUUAGGAGAUUCUGGCUAUCUAUCCUUAGGACACUCCGAUAUUUAUCCUUAUGACGUCCUGGUGACGAGGCGGGAAACGGAAGGUUUCGGAUUCGUCAUCAUCUCCUCUAUUUCCAAGAUGGGCUCAGUGAUAGGUGAGUGUAUCGACCGAGUCAAUGACUGGUUAGAUAGGAAAAAUCUUUACCCAUGGAUUGGUAAAAUCAUUGAGAACAGCCCAGCGGAGAGGUGUGGCCGGCUUCACAUCGGGGACAGAAUCCUGGCUGUUAACGGAGUGGACAUCUCACACAUGCAUCAUGAAGACAUUGUUAACCUCAUCAAAGACUCGGGCUACUCUGUCACACUGACAGUGGGGCCUCCCAUAGAUGAUGCUGCAAGUAAUUCAUCAAAUUCUCAAAAGAGUCCUCAGGGGUCCUUGGUAAAUGCCAUGGCUUAUCCAGCUGUCCCAGACAGUGAUCUAAGAAGGUUCCCUCCUCCUCUCCCCUCCCCCACAGACAGGGGCUAUAAGGACAUCAACAGACAGCAUGCGUUCCUCAAACAUCCGAGUCCAGAUGAGGGGGAGUACUACGUAGAACUGCCCCGGGGAUCCCGGGGGUUCGGGUUCUCCAUACGAGGGGGACAGGAAUUUAACUGUAUGCCUCUGUUUGUUCUGAGGAUCGCGGAGGGAGGAUCUGCGGAUCUAGAUGGAAGACUCCGGGUGGGUGACCAGAUACUCGAAAUUAAUGGCUACAAAACAGAAAGUAUGACACACUCUGACGCUAUAGAUAUUAUACAAAAUGGCGGCCAAACAGUUCGUCUGCUGGUCAGGAGAACGGGAAAACUGCCACCAGCAUUUGAGCCUAGUCCAAUGGUUGGAGGAUAUUCCCCUUCAAAUAAUGUACCAAUGACAAACGGUCCUAUAGGUCAAAGUUCACCAUAUCUGGGUCGCCGCAACAUUGACAUGAGAGAACCAAACUAUUUCGGUUACCAAGGGAAUAGGCAGUAUUCGGGUUGACGGUAGAGAAAGAUGUACAUUUGUGACGGUGCCAAAAACCGAAAGUAGUGACCAGCCAGGGCAAGAAAAAGGCCCAGGUGAUUCUGGACUGUUCCAACCCAGGACAAGACACUGAGAUUGAGAAGUGUGAUACAAGGUUGAUAUUACUGUUAUGUGAUAUUUCAGAGGUUGUUCUUUGGAAAAUAAAAAAAAAAACCAUCUGCUGAGAUGCUUUCCUGUGUAAGUUAUUAACAAGGAGGAUUUUUAUUUUGCAUUUCUUUAAUACAGUUCUUUCAUAUUACAUAAUAGCAUUGUUGUUGAUAUACGUAUACAUUACAUUAAUCAAAUUCUUGUCAGUUGAGUUGCAUUUACAUGUACAUCUAUCAGAUUUUUUGUUGGAUUGCAUUUCUUGAGAGAACACAUUGUAUACAGAUAAGCAAAGAUAAGCUGUGGCAUUUUCUUCUGAUCUAAUGAUUGUAAUUAUUCUCUCUCUGCAAAUUUAAGCUCAGAUUUUUUAUUUCUUUGUUAUGUAAAUAAUACUGUUGUCUAGAAAGGUUGGUGUCCAUGCAGAAUAUCUGAAAUCUGUAUAAUAAAUUUAGUGUGAAACAGUAUGUGUAAGUUCUUAAAGCAAUACAUACAUCGUAACAUGUAUAUCUCCAAAUAUUUAGUAUCUGCUAACUUCUUUCUUGCUUUUGGAUUGCUGUUUAGGAAAUUUUUUAACUUAGGGGGAUUAAAUUCAUUAACUUAAAUUGAUUCAAAUACUAAUUAUAAUGCCAUCAAAUAUGUCAGAUAUUUGAAGGAAGUGAUAUAUAAGGCUUAAUGUUGCCUGAACUUACAUCUUCUAUAUAAAGUUAUAAAUAUGACAAUCUACUACAAUUAACAAAUGUUGGGGCCAGUUUUAAACCUGUGUAUAAUGAGACGGGAUAAUAAUUUAUCAUAAUAAUUAGUAUUCUUUAUUUAGAUGUAAAACAUAUCAGCAGGGCAUAUGGCUGUGAAAGUACUGUACAUGUGUGCCCUUCAGUAUGCAAAGACUAAAUCAAUAUUUUUUUUUUAGAUAUCUGUUAAUGUCAAAUGCAGUGUCUUGUAUAUGCAUACUUUACUACUAAUAUUGUCAGUGGUAUUGUGAAAUGACAUUUUUUUGUGGCUUCAGUUCUUUUUUUUUUUUUUUUAUCUUUUAAGUACUUAUUAUGCCGUUCCUAGAACACUUUAUAUUUCGUUUUUGCUGCUGAUUAACUUUUUUUGCAAUAAUACUUCUUUUAACAAAAUCCGUUGUUGUGUGAGCCUUUUAAAGGCCUUCAUUUCUUUUCUUUUUUUUUCGCAGAAGUUUACUUUGAUAUACCAGUAAAAGUUGUUCAACUAAUAGUGCUUAAAUGUAUAGGUGUAUAUAUAUAUAUAUAUAUUAUACUUUUUACAGUACAGUCUGUAUUAUAACAGUAUGAAGGAAAUGACUGAAAUCAAAUGGAAACAUUAAACUUGUACACACACUAUGAAGUGAUUGCUAACUGUUGCUUGAUAAUACCCUUGUAGAAUUGAGAUUAACUAAAUUUCACAUAUUAAUAAAUAUUUAUAUUAUUUAAAUUUUUAAUGGAAUCUGUAAUACAUAUACAAUUCUAUUACUGAAAUACACAUUUUCUAAAUAGUAUCAUUAGGAAAUUGUGUUCUAAAUCAUUAUGUGAAUCAUUACAUGAAAGAGACAACUAAUUAGACAUAAGAUUUUCCCUCAAGACAGUGUAAGUGUUUUCAUUGAUUGUAAAUUUGUCAUAUAUGAAUGUAAUAUCAUAUCAUUAAUUUAUCAGUAAGGUUGCUUGUCUACAUUAUACAUGUAAGUCUUGUUUUAAUACAAUAUAAAAUAUAUAGAUUUUUACACAAUAUAUAUACAUUGUUUAUUUCAUAGUUACUGGUCAAUUUUCAGAUAAAAUUGUAAGGUUGUAAUUAAUAUAGGGCUUUAGUUAAGGUUGUAAGAUUUACUAUUUAUUGUAUUUUGGCUUUAAAUUAAAAAAAUAAAAUUUCAAAUUAUUGUCCGUCUAUUUUCAAAUUGUUAGUGUAUUUUUACAUAUUCAUUAUAUUGGGAAAGGCAUUUUGUUGUUUGAUCAAAAUUUUCAAAUAUCAUGGUUAUUUACUUUUUUUUUGCGGUAACUUUAUGCAAUGACUUUUGUCGUAUUUAGUUUUAUUUUUUUCCUUAUUUUAAUCAUACCUUAUAAUCCCGAUUCUGUUUUGAUCAUUGUUAAUGGCAGCACUGCGUCAUUGCUAGGUAAAUCAUACAGCAGUUUAUGUUAAACAGGUAGUGAUGUAAAUAUAACAGUAUGUACAGAUAACUAAGUCCAUUAUGUACAGAAAUAAUUUCACUUGUACAGGUCAAAAAAUAAAUUUUUUAUAAUGUGAA